UUAAUAUGAAACUAACUUCACGUUGAAUGCCACCAUAUUGGAAUUUCCCAAAUCCUAGAUAAAGUAAUUUUUGGCUAGAAUUCGCAUUUAAGUAACCAUGAACACUUCCGGGAAAACUUUGGUGUUAGCACAAAGAUUUGUUCGUCAUUUCGGACAAACGGCUGCCCGUAAUUCAAGCGUUACUGGUGAAACCGCCUCUACCAAAUUCCCAGCAUUAAAGCAAGCCCAAAAGCAUUUUGGGAUUGAAGAUCAUGUCCCUGUAUACCUCAAAGGAGGAGUGGGAGAUAAAAUCAUUUAUAUAGCUACUGUAGGGCUAACAUUGCUUGGUUUAGGUAUGAGUGGUGAAGUGUUGUAUAAGUUAUCUUUUAAGUAAUUUUAAUAAAGACAAAAUGUAGUAAAAAGAUGUAAAAAAAAA